CGUUAUUUUCCGGGUUGUGCUCAGUGAGAGUGUCGGCGGUGGUUGUUGUGCUAACAGCUGCCAGCUGACACUUCCACCGAGGAGGUGAGGUCAAACUUGACUGUCUGUCUCUUUGCCCGUCAGUCUGUUACAGAGGCGGCUAACUAGCGCAUCAUCAUCAUCAUCAUCAUGGCGGAUCAAGGCGAAUCUACGGUUCCCGUCCACCACCCGCAACCGACGGUAACUACCAGCUGGCCAAUUACCAGGGAGUCGUACGAGCUGCAGGAAGUCAUAGGCAGCGGGGCCACAGCUGUGGUGCAGGCAGCCCUCUGUACCCCUAGACAGGAGCGCGUGGCCAUAAAGAGAAUCAACCUGGAAAAAUGCCAGACCAGCAUGGAUGAGCUAUUGAAAGAAAUUCAAGCUAUGAGCCAAUGCAACCACCCAAACAUUGUCACAUACUACACCUCCUUUGUAGUGAAGGAUGAACUUUGGCUAGUCAUGAAGCUUCUGAGCGGAGGCUCUAUGUUGGAUAUAAUUAAGCAUGCAAGCAAAGAAGAUGAUAAAAAUCGAGCUUUGGAGGAGCCUAUCAUUGCCACGAUAUUAAAGGAAGUUCUUGAGGGCCUAGACUAUCUGCACAGGAAUGGACAGAUUCACAGGGAUGUGAAAGCUGGGAACAUACUACUGGGAGAAGAUGGGUCUGUUCAGAUUGCAGAUUUUGGAGUAAGUGCAUUCCUAGCUACAGGGGGUGAUAUGACUAGAAACAAAGUCAGAAAGACAUUUGUUGGGACGCCAUGCUGGAUGGCUCCAGAGGUGAUGGAACAGGUUCGAGGCUAUGAUUUUAAAGCAGAUAUAUGGAGCUUUGGAAUUACUGCUAUAGAGUUAGCAACAGGCUCUGCACCCUAUCAUCGCUACCCUCCUAUGAAGGUUUUAAUGCUUACCCUGCAAAAUGAUCCACCCACUCUAGAGACGGGUGUCGAAGACAAGGAAAUGCUAAAAAAAUAUGGCAAAUCAUUUAGAAAAUUAAUAACAAUGUGCCUUCAGAAGGAUCCUGCCAAAAGGCCCACAGCCGCAGAACUUUUGAAGUGUAAAUUCUCCCAAAAGGCCAAGAACAAAGAAUAUCUGGUUGAAAAACUUUUGAGUUGUGCACCAAAGAUUUCUCAAAGAGCGAAGAAGGUAAGGAGAGUUCCAGGCUCCAGUGGCCACUUGCAUAAGACUGUGGAUGGAGACUGGGAGUGGAGUGAUGAUGAACUGGAUGAGGGGAGUGAGGAGGGCAAGGCAGCAGUGAAUCGGGGAAGGUCACGAAGGGUCAAAGAUGAGGCCAAAGAUAAUGAGGAGGAUGCCAACAAUGUCCCUAUAGAAGGCUUGUCUGUUCAGCAUCCCCAGGUGGAACCAUAUGACAAUACACCCUUCAUUCAAGGUGCUGUGAACAUGGUACUACGGCUGAGGAACUCCAAAAAAGAGCUGAAUGACAUCCGGUUUGAGUUUACCCCGGGGCGAGACACUGCUGAUGGCGUCUCCCAGGAACUCUUCUCAGCUGGUCUGGUCAAUGGGCAUGAUGUUGUAAUUGUUGCUGCUAACCUUCAAAAGAUUGUAGAUGACCCAACUACCUACAAAGUAUUGACCUUUAAGCUGGCUUCCAGCUGUGAUGACACUGAGAUCCCGGAUGAAGUGAAGUUGAUCGGCUUUGCACAGCUAAGCGUUAGCUGAUGCUCUCUUCAUGCCUGAAGCAGGUGAGACGGGGUAGACAGUUCAGGGCAGACAGACUGAGGAACACAACACCACCACUCCCUGGAAUCCUUCCCAGCACCCUCCCUAAAAACUCACUCCUCCCCCUCCUCACUCCUUUUUACCUCUCCCAACGCUGAGCUCUGCCACACUGCCCCACCUACACCUCCUUAGCGUCGAACUUCCCUGCUCACUAUCCCCUGACCUUUAACCUUAACAUUCCACCGCCCAGUGCACAGACCAGGAUCAGGAUACAGCCCAGGAACCAAAAGAUGUACUCAGGUGGUGAAAGCAGGUGAUUAAGAUGUAGCUUAUUUAUUUCUUUGUCUUUGUUUUACACUGCUUUACUGCUGUGUUCAGCAAAGUUCUCAUUAGUUAUUGAAAUGAGAAGAUAUAUUUUUUCCUCCCACACUGUUUUGUUGUCACUGUGAAAACAAAUAUGCUUUGACUCACAUCUCGCAAGCACAAGGGCUGGGUGAUACUGCAAAUUUUGGUAUUGAUCAGAUACCAAGUAAAUCCAGGGCAAGUAUCGCAGAUAUCGCUAGUGAUACUUUUUGCUUGAAAUUUCACAAUCAUUUAAUGAUUUUGUCUUUAAUUAUUGAUCAUUAUUAUUAUCAUAACCAAACACAGUACAAAGAUCAUUGUCAAAUAAAAUAAUUUUUAAUAAGAAACU